GGGGGAAACCAGACCCGGGCCGGGAGUGGGUGGGAGGAAGCCGAGUGGGGCGGGGGUGAAGGGAAGGAGCGCGGGGGGCGGGGAGGGGCAGCGCCCGGGCGGCGCGCCGAGAGCCGGGAGGCGGGCGUGAGCGGGAGCCGUGUCCGCAGUGCCGCUGUCCGCUGCGCCGCGUCCGCCCGCGCCGAGCCCCGCCGCCUGGUCUGCGGGAGCCCGAGGAGCCCCCGGCGUCCCCCGAGGGGGUCCCGCCGAGCCGGAACGGAACGAACCGGCGUGGAGCAAAGAGCCAGGUCGGAGCGGCCGAGCGAGCCCCAGGCCCCCGGGCGUGGAGGUGGGGGGCUGAGGCCCCCGAGGGGGCCCUGCCGAGAUGGGCAACCUGGAGAGUACCGACGGGGGCCCCGGGGAGCCGCCCUCCGUGUCGCUGCUGCCGCCGCCCGGCAAGAUGCCGAUGCCCGAGCCGUGCGAGCUGGAGGAGAGGUUCGCCCUGGUGCUGAGCUCCAUGAACCUGCCUCCUGACAAGGCCCGGCUUCUGCGGCAGUAUGACAACGAGAAGAAGUGGGAUCUCAUCUGCGACCAGGAACGGUUCCAGGUGAAGAAUCCUCCCCACACAUAUAUCCAGAAACUCCAGAGCUUCUUGGACCCCAGUGUAACCCGGAAGAAGUUCAGGAGGAGAGUACAGGAGUCAACCAAGGUUCUCCGGGAGCUGGAGAUCUCACUGCGCACCAACCACAUAGGCUGGGUGCGGGAGUUUCUUAAUGACGAGAACAAAGGCCUGGAUGUGCUGGUGGACUACCUGUCCUUUGCCCAGUGUUCUGUCAUGUUUGACUUUGAGGGUCUGGAGAGUGGUGACGAUGGUGCAUUUGACAAGCUCCGGUCCUGGAGUAGGUCCAUCGAGGACCUGCAGCCACCCAGCGCCCUGUCUGCCCCCUUCACCAACAGCCUCGCUCGCUCCGCGCGCCAGUCUGUGCUCCGGUACAGCACGCUCCCCGGGCGCAGGGCCCUGAAGAACUCCCGCCUCGUAAGCCAGAAAGAUGACGUCCACGUCUGCAUCCUCUGUCUCCGAGCCAUCAUGAACUAUCAGUAUGGAUUCAACCUGGUCAUGUCCCACCCCCAUGCCGUCAAUGAGAUCGCGCUCAGUCUCAACAACAAGAACCCAAGGACCAAAGCCCUUGUGUUGGAGCUCUUGGCAGCCGUGUGUUUGGUGCGGGGAGGUCAUGAAAUCAUCCUUGCUGCCUUUGACAAUUUCAAAGAGGUGUGCAAGGAGCUGCACCGCUUUGAGAAGUUGAUGGAGUAUUUCCGGAAUGAGGAUAGCAACAUCGACUUCAUGGUGGCCUGCAUGCAGUUUAUCAACAUCGUGGUGCACUCAGUGGAGGAUAUGAACUUCCGGGUCCACCUGCAGUAUGAGUUUACCAAGCUGGGGCUGGAGGAGUUCCUGCAGAAGUCAAGGCACACAGAGAGCGAGAAGCUGCAGGUGCAGAUCCAGGCCUACCUGGACAACGUGUUCGAUGUGGGGGGUCUGUUGGAGGAUGCUGAGACCAAGAACGUGGCCCUGGAGAAGGUGGAGGAGCUGGAGGAGCACGUGUCCCAUCUCACAGAGAAGCUUCUGGACCUAGAGAAUGAGAACAUGAUGCGAGUGGCAGAGCUGGAGAAGCAGCUGCUCCAGCGGGAGAAGGAACUGGAGAGCAUCAAGGAGACCUACGAGAACACAAGCCACCAGGUGCAUACCCUGCGGAGGCUCAUUAAAGAAAAGGAGGAGGCCUUCCAGCGCCGGUGCCACUUGGAACCCAGUGCCCGGGGCCUAGAGUCAGUGGGCAGCGAGGCCCUGGCCCUGGUAGGCCCUGCAGAGCUGAGUGAGGGCAUUUUACCCUCUGACCUGGACCUCCUGGCUCCAGCCCCACCCCCUGAGGAGACCCUACCGCUGCCUCCACCGCCAGCUCCCCCCCUGCCCCCUCCACCCCCCCCAUUACCAGACAAAUGUCCCCCAGCCCCACCCCUCCCUGGCGCUGCUCCUUCUGUGGUGCUGACUGUAGGCCUUUCAGCCAUCCGCAUCAAGAAACCUAUCAAAACCAAGUUCCGGCUGCCUGUUUUCAACUGGACAGCGCUGAAACCCAACCAGAUCAGCGGCACUGUGUUCAGUGAACUUGAUGAUGAGAAGAUCUUAGAGGACCUGGACCUUGACCGGUUUGAAGAGCUGUUUAAGACAAAAGCCCAGGGCCCUGCCCUUGACCUCGUCUGCUCCAAGAACAAGACAGCACAAAAGGCUGCCAGCAAGGUGACCCUCCUGGAAGCCAACCGUGCCAAGAACCUGGCCAUCACCCUACGCAAGGCUGGCCGCUCAGCUGAGGAGAUCUGCAGGGCCAUCCACACGUUUGACCUUCAAACACUCCCUGUGGACUUUGUGGAGUGCCUGAUGCGCUUCCUGCCCACAGAGGCUGAGGUGAAGCUGCUACGGCAGUAUGAGCGGGAGCGGCAGCCCCUGGAGGAGCUAGCGGCCGAGGACCGGUUCAUGCUGCUGUUCAGCAAGGUGGAGCGGCUGACCCAGCGCAUGGCUGGCAUGGCCUUCCUGGGCAACUUCCAUGAUAACCUGCAGAUGCUCACGCCGCAAUUAAACGCCAUCAUCGCAGCCUCUGCCUCUGUCAAAUCCUCACAGAAGCUGAAGCAGAUGCUGGAGAUCAUCCUUGCACUGGGAAACUACAUGAACAGCAGCAAGCGGGGAGCUGUGUAUGGCUUCAAGCUCCAGAGUCUGGACCUGCUGCUGGAUACCAAGUCCACAGACAGGAAAAUGACUCUGCUACAUUUCAUCGCCUUGACGGUGAAGGAGAAGUACCCAGAGCUGGCCAACUUCUGGCAGGAGCUGCACUUCGUGGAGAAGGCUGCAGCAGUGUCCCUGGAGAACGUGCUGCUGGAUGUGAAGGAACUGGGCCGGGGCAUGGAGCUGAUCCGUCGGGAGUGCAGCAUACAUGACAACAACGUGCUCCGCAGCUUCCUCAGCUCCAACGAAGGCAAGUUGGACAAGCUCCAGCGUGAUGCCAAGACAGCCGAGGAAGCCUAUAGCGCUGUUGUGCGCUACUUUGGUGAGAGUCCCAAGACCACACCUCCUUCUGUAUUCUUCCCAGUAUUUGUCCGGUUCAUUCGUUCUUACAAGGAAGCAGAACAAGAGAAUGAAGCCCGCAAGAAGCAGGAGGAGGUGAUGCGGGAGAAGCAGCUGGCUCAGGAAGCUAAGAAACUGGAUGCCAAGACCCCAUCACAGCGGAAUAAGUGGCAGCAGCAGGAGCUGAUCGCAGAGCUAAGGCGGCGCCAAGCCAAGGAGCACCGGCCUGUGUACGAGGGGAAGGAUGGUACCAUUGAGGACAUCAUCACAGUGCUGAAGAGUGUCCCUUUCACGGCCCGCACUGCCAAGCGGGGCUCACGCUUCUUCUGUGAUGCAGCCCACCAUGAUGAGUCAAACUGUUAACCCCCAAUACUGGGGCCAUUGACAGGUCCCCGCCACCUGCCCACUGUUUGCCACCAAGCCAGGAGUGCCGCACCACCAAGUGCUCGGGCUCCAGGCCCCCACUGAGACUUCUGGAGGCAGAAGCACUCCAACCCUCAAAUGCCUGCAUGUCCAGCCAGAGGACCUGCCGCCUGUCACCGCCCAGGGCCUGGUGGAGAGCUGUGCUGUUCUUAGCCUAGUGUCUACCCAUCCCCUGAGCUCCAGAGUGCCUGCCGCCUUUGAGGCCUAGCACUUCCCUGGUGGCCCCAGUACCGCACUUUGCCCCUGAGGUCUUCAUUUCCUGAAAAGUCACCAAGGGUCAGCUUGGGGCCAAAAACUAACAUUUCGAGCUUUGAUCUAAGCAGGGGCACUUUGAGAGGAAAAAGCAACUGUCCUCUUUCCCCUCCCUUUUUAUUGCCCCGUGGUGGAAAUGCCCAGGCGUUGAGCCCCAGGACCUUGCCAAUCUCAGAUCACCCUGUAUCAGGAACGGGGGCCCACCUAGUCUGGCCCUGCCCAGCUGUACCAGUGAGGAGGGCAGAGGAGACAUGCUAUGCCCACUACCCUCUUGCCUUGGCCCUGCACUCAAGACUGACUGUCCUUGCUGAGGUAGGCGAAGGGGUUUUCUCAUCCCCAAGAUGGCCAGAGAUAAGGUGUGCCAACACCUCCCCUCCCCUCAACUAAAUAUUUUGGGGGCAGAGGGUGUGGUGGUCUUAUCUGCCUAGUUUCUCCUCAGCCCCUAGAAGGGGUAGGGGAGCCCACUCUUUUUUGUACAUGUAUCACCUCCCUUCUCUCUUGUACAUAAACCCGACAUUCCCUUUCAACAAAGGCUUGAAGCAC